CACACACACACACACACACACUUCUCCACUUUACCGCUAGCGCUUCUUCUCUUCUUUCUUUUUUCUUUUCUUUCUCUGUGUCUCGCGCUGGAGUUUCGGUAGCGGUCGCGCGCUGUUUAACGGAUCUACAAAACCGGAGAGAGAGAGGAUGUGGAAGUGUCCGAGUCAGAGCGCGAGCCGGGUUUCCCGAACAGGAGCGGGGUCCCGGUGCGCGUGAGGAACCGAGCGGAGGAGAGUUACUGAGAGAGAGAGAGAGAGAGGAUACAGUGUGAACCGGAUGAGUGCACGCGCGAAGAGAAAGGUCCCGGGCUCCAGAUGUCCCACCGCCUGAAAUUGUCCUGGGUUAAGACCCAGUGGAGUGUAACAGAGAGGAAAGGAGGAGUCGUGGGCUUCUCAGCUUCUCAGCUCCAGGGCUGCCGUUGCAAUUUCACACAGGCUCCAGGCCAAACAAGUCCUGCCGUGCUUUGAUAUUUUAGCAUGGAUGGCGCCAAUCACGAAACCUCUGACCUCAAAAAUGAGACCGUGGCGCUGAGGUGGAGGACUAGCAAUUAUCAGAGGAUUAACCCCGGACUUCCUCUACAUUAGUGCGAUCCUAUAAAGCACCUCGCUGGAUUUAUUUCUUCGUUUAAACCACAGAUUUUGAGAGUGGUUUUGAGUUUUUUUUUUUUUUUUUUUUACUUUAUUUCUUUCUUUAUUUCUUUCUCAUUUUCCCACAAUGGAGUUCCAAGUGGGAUUGUGGAAUAAUGAUUGGACCUCAUUUGUUCGAUUUUGGUUUACCGUAUUGCUGAGCUUGCAUGUGCAGUUCAAUCCUGUUGCAUCAUGUCCCAAAGAGUGUCGUUGUGACAAAAUGUUUAUUUACUGCAAUGAGAGGAGUUUGACAUCUGUGCCUCUGGGCAUUGGGGAGGGAUACAAGAUCCUCUACCUCCACAACAACCAGAUCAACAGCGCUGGAUUUCCGAUGGAGCUCCACAACGUGGAGUCGGUGGACACUGUGUACUUGUAUGGGAAUCAGCUGGAUGAGUUCCCUCUUAACCUUCCCAGAAAUGUUAAAGUACUCCAUUUACAGGAAAACAACAUCCAGACCAUUUCCAGGGCAGCACUUGCCCAACUACCCAAGCUGGAAGAACUGCACUUGGACGACAACUCCAUCUCCACAGUUGGGGUUGAGGAAGGGGCGUUCCGGGAAGCGGUUAACCUUAAGCUCCUCUUCCUCACUAAGAAUCACUUGAGCAGCAUUCCUAUUGGAUUACCAGCAGGUCUUAAGGAACUGCGUCUGGAUGAAAACCGUAUUGCAGAAAUAGAUGAAGGAGCUUUUCAAAACGUUACAAACCUACAGCAGCUGAUGCUGGAUGGAAAUCUUCUGGAGGAUGAUGCCAUCGCGCCUGGCACCUUUAAGAACCUGGCCAAGCUCAAAGAGCUUUCGUUAUCCCGGAAUUCUCUCACAGUGCCGCCACCUUUGCUUCCUUCGGUGUCCCUUACUAAACUGAACCUGCAGGAGAACCAGAUUAAUGACAUCCCUGUUUUAGUCUUCUCAGAACUUAGGAUGCUGGAGAAACUUGAUCUGUCAUUUAACCCAUUACAGACUGUACCACAAGGUGCUUUUGAUGGGCUGAGAAGCCUGACACAUCUCAACGUUCGAAACAACCAGUGGCGCUGUGAUUGUGCUAUUAAGUGGAUAGUCAUUUGGCUGAAGUCCUUGCCAUCCUCCGUGAACGUCCGUGGUUUUUUUUGUCACCAACCAGACAGACUAAAGGGGAUGAUAAUCCGAGAACUUAACCUUGAUAUCCUCGAGUGUCCUACCAGCACUGAUAUCGAUCAGGGGCCCCCUUACUUACCUCCAUCUUCAUCGCCACCUCAUAGAACCAUCACCCUACCCAAAACCACCCCCACCAUCACCACCACCACCAGCACCAUGCCAUCUACAGCUUUUUACUCAACUACAACCAACCCCACACCACCAGUCCCCAAUUUCCCACCUGCUCCCUAUCCUCCCUAUGAAGACCCCCUGAAAAUAUCCUUGAAUGUUGUGAAUGGAACGUGUGUUGUGGUCACCUGGGAAUCUUAUUUUACAGUGACGGCUUACAAAGUCACUUGGGUGAAGAGGGGUCAGAACUUAAUGAUGGAUAUUAGCCAGGAGAGGACGGUACCUGGGGAGCAGCGCAGACUUAACUUGUAUGACUUGGAACCUAGAUCCAAGUACCGGAUCUGUGUUUACAUUCUUGAUUCCUUAUACAGUUACAGACCCGGAGAGGACACAAUCUGUUCUGAGAUCAGGACCAAAUCAGCCUCAAAAAACUCCAACAAUAACAAUGUAUCUGAGUCAGAUCAGGUGGCACAACAGGAUGUCACGUCCACGUUCCUUUUAGCCGGUGUGAUUGGUGGCGUUGUGCUGCUCAUUUUGAUCAUCUUGCUUAGUCUGUUUUGCUGGUACAUGCACAAGAAGAGCAGGUCCUCCUGUUCCUCGUCCAAAUGGAAAUACAACCGAGGCAGGAGAAAAGAUGACUACUGCGAAGCCGGCACCAAGAAGGACAACUCCAUUCUUGAAAUGACCGAGACCAGCUUUCAGAUUGUGCCACUGAACAAUGAGCAGCUUCUAAAGGGCGAUUUCAGGAUCCAGCCCAUUUACACACCCAAUGUUGGCAUCGGGUACAGAGACUGCCACCUGAGUAACAACAGCAUCGUUUACUGCAAGAGCAGCAAUGUUCCUGGGGUGGAAUUCUGCCCCACGUGAUGCCAUGAGGACGUAAUAAACAUUCUCUGUACGACUGUACAUUGCACACACACACACAGACACACACAGUUUUUUAUCUAAAUCUAAAUCUGCAUAUGAAUAUACUCCCCCAUGGUAAUUUAUACUGAGGACAACUAUGUGAAACCCUGGCUUUGGGUUUGUUCCUUAUGUUUGUUAGCACAUGGUUUUGUUAUUUUUCUGCCUCUGGUGUAAGUCAGCGAUGUUUCUACAAUCAAGGCCGGUGUUUAAAUGCACUAGUCCAGGUUUUCUGCCUCUUGGGUGUGAAUGCGGAUACCUCGCUAAGACAUGAAACACAAACCCCUGGGGAGAAACGGUAGUAAAGAAAACAAACCGGUCAGAAAAAUUAAACACUGCUGAUUAGCCUGCAGUGGAAAAAAUAAUACUGGACCGAGAUGUUUUUACAUCUUAUUUGUCUUAUUGUCGACGUGGCGGAGCAAAGCAGCCGUUCAGGAAAUGGCUUUUUGUAAAAGUCACAUUUAAACACGGUUACAACAUUUCAACACCACAAAGCCUGCAAGAGGCCAAGAGAAGCCGAGAGCUCGCGAGCCGAUCUACAAGCUGGUGUCGUGUUUGGGUUGGCUUUCUGCCACCAGAGGGCAGGGUUUUUUUUUUUCUUUUUUUUUUUCUUUCCUUUAGAGGAUUCGUUCAACCAUUAACCAGACAUUACAGAUCCAAUCCCACUAAUUUCAUAUUGCCUUUUUUGUUUUCGCUGUCAUGUUUAGAUUUUCAUGUCAAACAAAUUUAACAUGCAGAGGGCCGCCGGGGUUUCGGGUGAGGUCUCUGGAGCAGGUGUCUAUGAGCUCAUUCUCUCAGUUGCUGACGUUAAUGUCUGCAUGUCUCACAUGACUUAAAAGCAUUUACAAAUUUUUCUAACAAGCACUGGAGUCUUUGGUGCAUUAUUAUUAUUAUUACUAUUGUUUUUAUAAUUUUUUUCACAGUCUUCUCCAUGGUGAAUCUGACAGCGUGUAUACACAGAACUUUCACUUUGCUGGAAAUCUAGGUCUCUUUUUUUUUUUUUUUUUGUUAAAGCUUACAGGGUUACAGGUACACUAUGACUCGCAUUUUCCUUUGUUUCCCAAAUUUAAUCAGGCAGCUGUUUAGGUAGGAUGAUGAAUUGUGGGACAAAAAAACAAAAACCUCCAGAAUCCAAGCGGUGGUAUGUGGCAGAGCUCGGUUUGCCCUCAGAUCCCCGCAUGAGCGCAAUUAAAACUAUUUUUAAUGCUGCGCUGGUUUUUCCAAGUCGGGCCGCCUGCUUAGGAACGCCGCCUCACCACGGAGAACUCCUUAUUAUUAUUAUUAUUAUUAUUAUUAUUAUGCACUGUUUCUCUCUGGAUUUAUUUGCUUUAACAAGAUUUUAUUUCAAGGGUCAAGUUCAAAGAAUCUCUUGCUCAUAAUCCCUACUUCUGACAAAAAGGAUAGAAAGGAAAAGAAAAAGGAGGAGAAAUAUGCAGAGGUUAUUUUCGCCCUGGAGCAACGAAUCAGAAUACAGAGAAGAGAGGGAGAGAAAGAAAAAGUGCGCGCGAGAGAGAGAGAGGGUGAUUGAGAGUGUUUAACCCUUCGUAGGCCGGCAGGGCGGUCGGUUUUUAAAGAAAUAAACUCCGGCUCAAGAACAUCAUCGAACUCAGACAUGAUUCGAACUCCACAUGUUCUAACUGUAAAAAAAAAUAAAACAAACCCACAAGUAUUUUGUUCAUGUAGCAAAAACAGAUGUGUCUCUGAGAAAGAAGGGAAAAACAGAGCUCCUGGACUCACUCGCUGGCGGAGUGUUUUUCUCAGAGCGAGUUGCCCCCGGCUCCACACGGCACGCGUCCAGGUUCGAGAAGGAAAUUGUUAUUAUUACUUACACAAAACACAGUCGUCUUUUAAUCAGAGUCUUUAAACAAUAAAGUGCAGGGUUAGUCGCUAAAGAAAUUCCGCCAAAACCUAAAAUAAAAAAAAAAACUUAACUGUUGUAUAAAAAAAUAUAAACAUAUCCUAAAAUAAAUAUUAAAAUAAAACAAUUAACUCCAUGGUGCUGAUGGGAACGCGUUCACUCCGGGGAUCUGAUUUAACUCUGAAAUUACAUCACAUCACAAUCAGACCUGUGCAAUUAUCUAUUCACAAAAUGUAUUAAUAUAGAAUAUAAUAAUAGUAUAUAAGUCUAAUAGUAUACACGUAGUCAGGAAUUUAUGUUGAGUUUGUCAGUAAUUUAAGUAUUUGAUUAUUUUUUUAAAUAUAAUUUUGAGUUAAUUAAAUAAAUCUUGGCGCAGAUCCUUUUAAAACGAUUAUUUGUCCCGUUAUCUGACGCUAGUCUCGAUACUGUAAAUACGUUAGAACACAAUAUGCUGCAUUUAAUCGAGGUUUAACUCGUGAACGCAAUACGUGUCUAAGUACAGUAAUCACACAGCCCUAGUUUUAUUGCUAAUGUUCUCUAAUGAUGCAGCACCAGAGCUUUACACGCCAGCCUGUAGCCUCCACACGCAGUUAAUACACUCACACAGAUUGCGCGAUCAUCACCUCUGUGCUAAUCUGAGGGUAGGAAAAUACACUGUCCUCUUUUUAAAAGCAAAAGUUAUUUGUUUUCAUCUUUAACCUUGGCGAUGUCUCUUUCUUACUCUAAAUGAAGUAAUCUUUGAUCUGGGAUAAAAAAGUAAGAUAAAAAAUGAAUGUUGAGUUUUUCUUUGUUUUCUUUCUUUUUUUGUCAGAAGCACAAACGCCGCCCGUGUAAUCCGCUCAUAACAUAGCCGUCAUGCUAACUCUGCUCGAAUGUGAGCACAGGAGCUCAGAAACGUUCAUCCACCUCGGGUUAUUUUUUGUAAAGGUGGAUUUUAACGAAUAUUUGUGGAUUUAAUGCGUCAUGUCUCAUAAUACUGUACAACCCCCCCGCCCACCCCCCCUCUCUGUCUCUCUCUCGCUAGUGUAUUUUAUCCUCUACGAGCCGACGUUCACUGAUUGAAUCCAGACAGGUUUUUUUUUCUUUUUCUUCGUGACGAACGGUUUUAAUCAUCGGCCGCACCUCUAAAGUUUCAGCGACAGAAAGCAGGAGUGGAGAUCAGCGAGUUUAGCGUUUUAGCAUUUUAUCUGCAACUCGGAUGCUAAUGAACCUACGGCAGAAAAAAAAAGGGGGGGGGGUUUACAGGAUUCAAACAAAAUUCGAACAAAGCUUGCUGCAAAAGGACACCAAACUCAUCUACAUCUGGAAUUCCACUGAAUCAAUGAUUAUUUAAUUACUGAUAAUUUAAUUCUUUAAUAAAAGAACACAUUUAAUAAAAAAAAAAAAAAAGAAAAAGCCAUAACAUCUUAAGCAUUUUCGUGAUCAAUUCCAAAACGUCAUUGGGUUUUUAUUUUAUUUCAUGGUAUAAACUGGAUAAUCCUGAGAGCCGGACCAACCAAAGCAACUUUUUCCUAUUUUAUUUGAUUGUUUUUUAAUAUUCUACGAGCUCAUUGUUGUUUCUUGUACGUGCCUUGAAAAUAAAUUGACAGUGUAGUCCUCGACACCUUUAAUGUUUUUUGCACAAAUUGUACAUAAAAAGGUUUUUUCCUUGUUGUUUGAUUUCAUUUUUUAAAUAAAUAAAUCUCUGAUUUAAA